CUGCGCUUCUUCAGCAAGCGCCCCGACAGCUCGUGCAGACCCACCCUCUUCUCCCUUGGCUGCGAUCCUGGUCGCAGCUUCUAUCUACCUAUCUAUCUAUCUGCAUCCAGAUUUAAACUGCAGUGCGCCGAAUCUCCCACCUCUGAGGGUGUAUGCGCUAGAUCUGCAUUGUUGUGAUAUUUACAUGGUGUAACCGUGUCACAUCUACCAUGUCACUCAGCGGACCCUGUGUCUGGUUGUCCUCGUUGUCGCCACCUUCCGGUUCACAUCUACCUGCCAUAACGAGUCACUGGUCGACAGCACCCUGGAACAGUGACCAAGCCUCAUCCAGACCAAGGGCUUUGCCGCCCAGGCUGCCCGGGUCGUGGGAGAAGGAGAGUGAGCCAGCAAAGCCGCCCUCCAUCGACAUGCAGCCGGCUGCGCUGAAGGCUGAGAAUGCCUUCACAACCGUAGCUCCGGCGGGGACGUCGAGCCCAGUCCAGCAUGCUGGGGGACCCGCAUCUUUCCCAAAUCCCGAAAGUCGAAUCACAGAACCGGUGGAAAGCCCGACAUCACGUAUGAAGUUGGAAAAGAUCGAUCGCAGCGACCCUCAUUUCCCUCGGCCGCCAGGGACAGUCAGUCCUCAGGUCAUGAAGCAGAGAACGCCCGAUCUUAAGGACAGGGAAGCCGCAGAACAGCAAGAUAGAGACCGGGAGAAUAGCGACGCCGCGAUGGCCUCUUCCGAUGAUGGGGCGGAAUCGUCCGUUGGCGGGGAUAAGAAGCAGUCAUCGGAUUCCAAAAGCGAAAAGAAGAAGAUGAAACGAUUCCGAUUGACCCAUAACCAAACUCGCUUUUUGAUGAGCGAGUUCACUCGCCAGGCUCAUCCCGAUGCUUCGCACCGCGAGAGACUAUCGAAGGAGAUUCCGGGGUUGACCCCGCGCCAGGUCCAAGUCUGGUUCCAGAACAGACGAGCAAAGCUCAAGCGACUUACAAGCAAUGACCGAGAGCGCAUACUGAAAUCACGAGCGUUGCCAGAUGACUUCGAUACCACUCAGGUUUUACGCACCCCCUUCGACCAUAAAACGUCAUCAGAGGCACCAAUGCUCCUCACUGAUGGACUGCCCCGACUGAACGACGAUGACUAUGUGAUUUCGCCACUGAGCUCGGCCUCGACGACAGGGAACUUCUCAUCGGCUGUGGACAGGCAUUUCGAAAACUACCCCCAGGCUGGCAUGCCGGCUAGAGCUGGACCAGCUCCCCUCUCAGACAUUCACCGGAACAAUCGCAGCGCUUUCCCCUUCCCGAGAUCGAGCAGCUUCUCGGAGACCUACAACCGUGGACUCCACUUCCCCGGACAAUUUUCGAGGCCUGGUGUGGAGUCACUGGGUCAUCCCAGCAUGGCGUAUGCUCGACGUCCGGUAGACUACGGGUUGAAUCGGCCAGCCAAUGGCCUGGUUGUUGGCUAUGAUCACCAACGAGCCAUGGAGGGAUCGGUGUCACCCACAGGGCCGCCAGACCAGCCAGUCCAGUACAAUGUGGAGAAUCACCGUACGUCCCCCCCACGGUUUUAUGGUGACCACGCGCUAACAGUCGGAACCACCAGACCAGCAAAUACACAAUUACCAGUCCUCGCUGGCAAUGCCGGCCCCAAGGGAUAUGCGGGCAUGGAAAUCAACCCUCACAUCCAGCAACAGGGACGGCAGAUACCAGCGAUGCAUUCCGUGCCGGUUUCGGAAGCACCCGACUACCGGCCCUACUCGUAUGACCACCACCCCUACAGUAUGAGCCAUGCGAUGCCUUACUCCCAUCCCAAUGCUUCCAGCAUGAGCCUCCCCGCUUCUCUUCCUUCCGAUUCGAACAGCGUCUCCCAGGGGCCUGUGGUCACGUCGGCCGAGGACCGCAUGAACCACCCUCCGCCACAACUCAUCGACCCGCUGAGGGCCAAGUUCGGCAACCAAACAUUUGAAUAUGCGAACUACCUAUAAUUCAAAGGUCGCUAGGACCCCUGGAAGCGCCCCUUCUUCUCCACCGCCCUGCAUAUCCUAAUCUUCACGGAACUCUAUAUUCAUUUUAAUCAGCCGGGAGUGUCUGCAUUUUUUUUUCUUCCCCCUCCCGGCUUGCAUUGGACAUGCCGACAUCCUG